AGCGGGGCGGGCGGGGGUCUGGGGGGGGUGUGGUGAGCGCUGGCGCGCGGAGCUGGGGGGAGGGGAUGGCGUGGGAAGGAGAGGGUUAAAGGUGGGGCCGGCCCUACAAACGCGCGCACACACUCCUUACUCAGACCCAGUCACUCGCGUUUCCCUGGCACUUAGAUGGGCCUGUGAGUGGCGGAGGGGGGGUGGUGGAUUGAAUUGGAGCCUGCGCCGGAGCCCUUUGCACCCCAAGCUCCUGCAGCCCGACCUGGGGGCCCCGCUGUCUGAACUCACAGCUCCCUGCCGAGCCCCCUUUCCGGGGUGCACAUAACGCUCCAGCGCGCGCACACACCUCGGACAGUCCCCUCGCGUCUCACGUGACACGCGGCCCGAACGUGCCACCCUGCCCACGCGCUCACGCACGCGUGCACACACCAGUCUCCUGGUCGCUGCCCCACUCCGUCCCGACGCCCCUGCGACCCCGAAGGCACUCAUUGACUGACACACCUACACUCAUUCACAGACGCACACUCCCCCCAUACGCCAACCCCAGACACACAUUCAUAACCAGGCCCGAGAGAAGUACACACGCACCCCCUCACUGCCUACUCCUGCUUUCGGGAGCCUGAGUCAUUCCUGCCCCCUCGUAGGGUUCCCCAUUUCCCGGUGCGCGGGCACCCUGAGACGGCCUUGGGAAUUCGUUCGCGUCCCCUUCCACCUGGGUCCCCUUCCCCAGUUUGCGCCCCGUAACACUCAGCCAAGGACUUCCUGUGGGUCCCAGGUCAGAGGCCAAGGGGUCCUGGACCGCUGCCACAGCCUCGGUGCGCCCGGGGGAGGCGCUUCCUUUUCCUGAACUCUGGGAUCCUGCGGGAGGAAGCGGGGAAGUUGGGCGGGGGUGCAGCCGAGGGCGUGCCGACUGUGGAGGGGCCGACCCUCGCGCAGCUCUGGGCCUUCCUUGGGGAGGAGCUGGGGUGCCAGAGGCCCAGGCUGAGGAGCUUGGCGGCGAGGUAUUUGGGGAAGUAAGGCCUGGGGUGGAGAAGCGCGGAGGAAUGGGCCGGGCCUGGCUGGGAAGGCAGCCCUCUCCCAUCCACAGGUCUCCCUGGGUUCUGGCAGGAGCCUGCCCCUGCUGCCGGCCUGGCUUACUUGUCCCUACUUGUCAACACCCUGGCAGCGGGGUCUUCACCUGGUUCCAGCCCCUUUUCCCCAAGGCGGCAGAGAGGAUGGGACUGAGGAGUCUGGGAAGGGACCAUGGGAGUCCCUGCUGAGCUCGGGGCAGGAAGUUUCUGGGUUGCAUCUCAGCCGGCCCCAGGGAGUGCAGAGCCAGGGAGAGGGGUACCAGGGACAAACCCUAGACAGACGGCCCUGUCCACGGUUGCUCCUGCUCUCCUAGGAGGCCCCGUGUGGGCCGCGGCCCGGCCCUCACCAUGGAGUCCAUGUUCGAGGACGACAUCAGCAUCCUGACGCAGGAGGCCCUGGGGCCUAGUGAGGUGUGGCUGGACGGUCCCGGAGACCCCUCGCUUGGGGGCGACAUGUGCUCCGCCUCCCACUUUGCCCUCAUCACUGCUUACGGAGACAUCAAGGAACGGCUGGGGGGCCUGGAGAGGGAGAACGCCACCCUCCGACGCCGCCUCAAAGUCUACGAGAUCAAGUACCCACUGAUCAGUGACUUUGGAGAGGAGCAUGGCUUUUCUCUGUAUGAAAUCAAGGAUGGCUCCCUGCUGGAGGUGGAGAAGGUCAGCCUGCAGCAACGGCUCAACCAGUUCCAGCACGAGUUACAGAAGAACAAGGAGCAGGAAGAACAGCUUGGAGAGAUGAUCCAGGCCUACGAGAAACUCUGCGUGGAGAAGAGUGACUUGGAGACAGAGCUGAGGGAGAUGAGGGCCCUGGUGGAGACGCACCUGCGUCAGAUCUGUGGUUUGGAGCAGCAGCUGCGGCAACAGCAAGGCCUCCGGGAUGCAGCCUUCUCCAACCUGAGCCCGCCGCCAGCCCCCGCCCCGCCCUGCACUGAUUUAGACCUGCACUACCUGGCACUGAGAGGGGGAUCUGGCUUGAGUCAUGGCUGGCCGGGCCCCACACCCAGUGUGAGUGACCUGGAGCGGCGGCGGCUAGAAGAGGCUUUGGAGGCCGCCCAGGGAGAGGCCCGGGGGGCUCAGCUCCGGGAGGAGCAGCUCCAGGCCGAGUGCGAGCGGCUGCAGGGGGAGCUGAAGCAGCUGCAGGAGACCCGGGCCCAGGAUCUGGCCUCCAACCAGUCGGAGCGAGACAUGGCGUGGGUGAAAAGAGUUGGGGAUGAUCAGGUGAAUUUGGCGCUGGCCUACACCGAGCUGACGGAGGAGCUGGGCCGGCUUCGGGAGUUGAGUUCCCUACAGGGGAGAAUCUUGAGGACUCUGUUGCAGGAGCAGGCCCGGAGUGGCGGCCAGAGGCACUCGCCGCUGUCACAACGCCACUCCCCGGCCCCCCAGUGCCCCUCCCCCUCCCCGCCUGCCCGAGCGGCUCCCCCGUGCCCCCCGUGCCAGUCCCCCGUCCCCCAGCGCCGCUCUCCCGUGCCCCCGUGCCCCUCGCCGCAGCAGCGCCGCUCUCCGGCCUCACCCUCCUGCCCGUCGCCCGUCCCGCAGCGCCGCUCGCCGGUGCCGCCGCCGUGCCAGUCCCCCAGCCCGCAGCGCCGUUCCCCGGUGACCCCCAGCUGCCCGGCCCCGCAGCCCCGGCCGCCGCCGCCGCCCCCGCCGGGCGAGAGGACGCUGGCCGAGCGCGCCUACGCCAAGCCGCCCAGCCACCACGUGAAGGCCGGCUUCCAGGGCCGCCGCAGCUACUCUGAGCUGGCGGAGGGCGCGGCCUACGCGGGCGCCUCCCCGCCCUGGCUGCAGGCCGAAGCGGCCACUCUCCCCAAGCCCCGGGCCUACGGCAGCGAGCUCUACGGCCCCGGCAGGCCCCUCAGCCCGCGGCGCGCCUUCGAGGGCAUCCGGCUGCGCUUCGAGAAGCAGCCGUCGGAGGAGGAUGAGUGGGCUGUGCCCACCAGCCCGCCCAGCCCGGAGGUGGGCACCAUCCGCUGCGCCUCCUUCUGCGCGGGCUUCCCCAUCCCCGAGUCGCCCGCCGCCACCGCCUACGCCCACGCCGAGCACGCGCAGUCCUGGCCGUCCAUCAACUUGCUGAUGGAGACGGUGGGCUCCGACAUCCGCAGCUGCCCCCUCUGCCAGCUGGGUUUCCCUGUCGGAUACCCGGAUGAUGCCCUCAUCAAACACAUUGACUCCCACCUGGAGAACAGCAAGAUCUAGGGCACCAGCCCCACCCACUGGCUGUUCCUCUGACCUCUCCUAUCACCCCCAAACACUCACUUUGAAUGCUGCAUGAAUCUCAUGGGGGGUCCCUGCCCUUGCGACCCCCAGAUACCUCCACUUGCUACCGAGUCAACGUGUGUGCCAUCUUCCCUGGUCCAGGCACCACUCAGCUCUGGCUCUUCCUGGGAGGUCAGCCGAGGCUCCCCCCAUGCUCCUGGUUUCUGCUUAGGAGGUGGGGACUUGGGUUGGGAUGGGGACGGUAUACCCCUCCCAGGCCUCUCCCUCUGCCUUUCUGUUCUUAAACAGGGUUGGAUCCAAGAAGGUGUCCAGUGCUUGGGCCUGGGGUGGGGGGAAGGUGUUAAGAGGACUCCAGGAGCUCCUGCACCCCUCCCCAAAUGUCCGUCUUUCUCAGACGGGGCUCUGUCUGGGGAGCACCCACAGGCUGUCUUUGGGGUCCCAGAGCCUGCUCUGUGCACUGACCCCAGUUCCUCCAUCCUGUGGCCAGCCUAGGGCUCAUGGCAUGGGCCCCCACUGGGGGAGGGAGGCAUCUUGUUUCUUGUGGUUCCCUGCAGGCCAGUCCUGUCCUCCUUUCCCUGUUCUGCCCACUCUGGGGAAUAGGGAGGGGAGGAGAGGAGAGGAGAGGGAGGAUCCUGGAGGACUGGGAAGAUCUAGCCUAAAGAGGCUUCUCUGAGGGCCAGGGCCCUACAGCAUGCCCCUAUGGCCAGGGGACUGUCUGCCAGCCUCCCAGGCCCAUGCCCUCCUGGCGCCCCUGGCACUGAGGCACAGAUCGUCAAGGCAGAUGCCCCCUCAACCCUUCUUCCACUGGAGCCCCUGACACCACAGGUGCCCUGGAGCCCUUGUGUGACUCAGCCUCUGUUAGCUGGGUGGGUGUCAUCAGCCCCUGCCUCCCAGGCCAGAACCUGAGAACGGGCCCAGGGUGCUGUGGAGAUCAACUUCAAAAGAGCUAACCCCUUCCCACACUCCACCCACCCACCUACAUUUCCUCUGUGAAAUCUACCUCAGAGUUGUACCCUCAGAAGGACGGGUAAGCAGGAGGCCAGGGGGUCCCCAGGGCUGAGGUGGGGAGCCUUCUACAGCGAAAGCCUGCCACCCCACAAUGAAUCCACCCUGCUCCACUGCGCGCCUCUCCCAGGUCUCUCAGCUCCGGGUGGGGAGCAGUGGCCGCUACCGACAGCGCAUGUCCCGCUCUUAUCCAAUCCAACUCUUCCAGGCCCCACCUCCCUGCACCCCUCCCCUCUAUAGAGCAGAGGAGUGAAGGGGUAUGUCAGGCGGGGAAGGGGCCAAGGACACGUCAUUGUACGCUGAGCGUCCCCAGGGAGCGGAAAUGGGGAAGGGGGCCUGGAGAGGGGAGGCAGGGGCCCCUGUGCUCUCUGAACAAGUUGAAAGUCCAAAUAAAACUUACCUGUUCCA